AUGACAUGCAUUGUAACACUAGUAAAUGUAAGGAGCUAAUUAUGCGUAAGAGAGACAAUUCAACUGUCUACCCAAUGUCUCACAAUAUCAAACAAUAUAAUAACAUUUCUUUAUUAGGCGUCACAAUUCAAGGUAAUUGUAAGUUUGGCUUGCAUGUCAAGGCCAAGCUCCAUGAAGCCAACAAGUGUUUAUUUGUCAUGAGAAGCCUACGUAAAGAAGGAUAUACACAAGAUGAAAUAGACCACCUCUUUAAUUCAAUUGUGAUCCCUAAGAACGGCUUGGAAACUAAAAUUUGAUAGCAUUUUGUUUUGAAUGAGGGUAUGGGCAUGAUUUUCAGUUGAACAUGCCUAGAGAGCGUAAAAAUUGCAUUCAGUCUGAGGAUUAAUGAGAGAGGGAAAAUUUUAUAUAUUUAGGCAUGACAAAAUUCAAGGGAACAUUGGUACUUAGAAAUUACAUGUCAUAGGCAUAGAAAAAAUGUGUUCAUGCCCUCGCAGCCCAAAAUUGACUUAGCUAAACUUAGGUCCCAGAUCUCUCGCCGGGUUGAUAAUUCAUUCCCAGUUUUUGCUCGUCUGGUUUGGCAUGCCGGGCAUGAAAUUGGCAUGCCCAGCGUGACUGAUUUUCAUGUUCGCUCCAGCAUCAUAUCCUGAGAAUCACAUAAUCGCCAAAUAUAUGCUAGGGAGCUUGAAGCUACAGGUUUCAUGCCUGGCAAUAAAUGCAGAUUAUAACCAAAAAAAGUUAUGUUUGUCACAAUGUAUGUCACGGGAUCGACUGGCAAAACUGAAGACAGAAGCCUGGAUUUAUAAAUAAAAAGCACAACAAAACAACAUUAUUCAUGCAUAAAAUAGAAUACUUCACUUGCAAUUACAGAUCAAUUAAUCCUUUUAUUUCAAAGCGAUACUGAUAUUUCUGGGUCCAGAUUUAAAUUUGAUCGCGGAAAAGCGUUUUAAACAAUAAGAUAACAAAUCUUCUCCGUCAGUAUAUGUCUCUCGGUCAACAGCGUUAAAAGACUGGUGAAAAUUAAGCUUACCAGGACGUUCAAGUCAGUACGAGAGCACGACGUUAAUACUGCAAAGACGUUCUGAUUUGGUGAGUUUGGACUGCCUUCUCAGAGAGAUUUUGCUUAGGUUUUCAGUGCGCUUCUUGUCGGCUAUGCGAAUUUUGCAAACUGUUUUACUCCUUGCUGACGAUAGUCCUUUCAGCAACGUCAUCUGCUCCAUCCGAAGAUACCCCGAGCUCGCACGAAAUCGGCCGAAUUUCCGCAGAAGUGUUUUCGGAUGACGAUGAAUUUAGUUUGUUGUAGCGUGGCAGUUGUGGCGUCACGAUGUCGUCAUGUCUCUUCGCACUUGUUUGUCUUUUUUUUUUUCCUGCGGUGCAUGGUUAAGAUGUUGGUGAAUGCUGGACAAGAAAUGGAUUCUGCGAGAGACUGUAAGUACAAAUUUAGUAUUAAUUUGGUAAAGAAAAAGCCUGAAUAUCGAAAAAAUCCCGUGAAUUAUCCUUUUCGCAUUCAGUUUAUCUUGCUGUUCAGCAUGCCUAAGAACUCUCAGGCAUAAGUGGUUUUCAACUCGUUCACUUCGGAUUGUUUCUGUUUCUACGUCUUGUAAUCUUCUUCUGCUGUUAAGAAGACUAGAGGAAACUUCAAAAAUAUAGAAACCAAUCACUUUUGGAGACAAAAUAAAAUAUCCGUAAAUCAAAUGCCAAAAUCAGAUUUGGAUUUCGCUUUAAAAAAAUGAACAUGCUGCAGGUGUCAAUGCAAAGUUGUAAACAACUCAAUAAGCAGUCUGUGAAUGUGCGUUUAGGUCCACAAAACUAAUUUUUCUUUUGGAUGUCUUAUGCAAGCAACCACUUAUGCCUUACAUUGCUUGUCUACGAGUGUACUACAAAAUGCUUUACUACAGUAAGCCUUUGAGAGGCGAUUCUGGUAAAUUUAUACGACGCUAAAAUGCAAAAAAUUCUAAGCUCAAAUAACCUGGCUGGGUCCGAUUUCUGAAUUACAAAAUGUUCACGUUUGUGGGCACUUCUUUAAAUAAACAUAGUUUUUGAAAUGACUUUGUACUAUUUUAACCCGAAAAUUAUGAUUGGGUUAUAAAGCUUUUAAAACGGACGAAAACUAAGCUAAUAAACAUGUUCAACGUAAAAAACUAAGAUUUAGUCGCUUUUUCAACUUGGCUACCUUUACGCAAAAACAAAAGCAAGCAAUGAGGCUUUUAUUCGACAUAUUUUCUGAGAAUUUUAUCUGAUCAAUUUAAUGUCUCUAGCAUUAUUUUCGUAUAGGAAUUUUCCUAAUUAUUUGAGCUUUUAAUUUAAUAAUUUUGAUACUUUAUAAACUUCUCAUUUGAUAGCUUCACUUUUUUUAUACACCGAUUAAGAAACAAAUUCGCUCUCGUUAAAUCCUAUUUUAUGACCUAUUUAUUAGAACUCUAGGUAACAUGCAAAUGAUGUAACAGGGCAGGCUUUAACCUUUGGUCCUAAUGUAUUUUUUCUUCACAACCCCCAGUAAUCAGUUGACGGGCCAUGAGAGAAUAUCGCCACAAAGAUGCGAAAAAGUUUUCGAUGAGUUUCCUUUAAAUAUUCCUGCUUUAUAUGGGUCUACACCUUCCCUGCUUAAAAAUGAAACUGUUGUUUGAGUGUCAGUCAAACUCGGGAUAACCUUGACUUGCAAACCCAAAUGCAAAGGUUUAUUUCGCAGUAGAAGAGCGUGUAAACAUCAUCGAACAGCGCAAUUGUAAAUUGGCUAAUGUGAAACCACGUUUCUUUCACUUUAUUUGCCAUGUAUUUAUCUCAAUUGCACACCUUGUGAAAUUAGCCUCAGAUAAUUAGUUGCGACCUUUAACAGACUCAUCAAGCCAGUAUGAAAAUAUCUUAAGAGAAGCUGAGCUCUACACGUUCUAUUUCAUUUUUUCAUAUUGCCCUUGCAUGUGUUAACAUUCCAUUUCUUUUUUGUUACAGGUAACUUCCAGACAUGACGAGGAGAUAAUUACUUUUCUACAGAGCAAUUCUUUGAUACUGUCAGUUAUUACUGACUUAUUUUGAGUUAAAAACAAAGAACACAGACUCUGGUAAUGACACAUAAACAAUAAUCCCUGGCAAGCCUACAAAACAAGAAAGAGGAACUCAGACUCCUUAUCAAAAUAUGAAACGAGACAAAAACAGCUUUUCUAACGUACGGAAAAUUGCGUUAGAGAGAUUUGUAAUUGCAACGUUAUAUUCAAGCACAUUGCAUUGUCGAACAUCAUAAUUUACUGAAUAAUGGACAGUGAUUUUGGAGCUUAGCUCAGUUUGUAAUGUAAUGAAUGUUGAAAGAUAUUCUAUAACCUUGUAUUUUUAAAAGCUUUCAUGGAACAUAGAUGCAUUUUAUUAUGCAAAGAAAAUAGUCUCUGUCUCUAUUUUAAAUGAUUUCAGUCAAUUCCAUUUUAUUCGCAAUGUGAAAUGGGAAUCCUAUUAAAGACUCAUUAAAAGGGGUGAGGCCGUUUCUACAAUCCCCCAAAAGGUCAUCUCCACGAUGACGCUGUUUUAUUACUACGGCAGAAUCCCUCAGGGUUUUACUUUCUUGUGAAAAUUAGAGCUUUUGUUAUUUAAACUUCGCUGGGACAACCAAAUCUAUAAAAAUGAGAGGAAUAGCAAUGACGUCAUCGUGUAAAUGACCUAUAAACCGUACAUCAAACGAUAAGUACUGUGAUCUGUUUAGUUUUUUUUUUUAGCCAGGCUUAAAAUAUCUGUAGAUUCAAGGAAUUAUAACCUGUGCGUUGAGAGCAUGCCAGAGACCGAUUUUGGCAUGCCCGGCAUGACCCAGAUUAUGGCUUGCCCGGCACGCCGGAGAUUUUUCUGGGUAUGAAUUACUUAUUACUAGAACCUAGGCUUCUCGCGGCCUGGGUGAGAAGGUCACGGAACCUCAAAUUAUGCUUACAGAGCAUGCGAAAUUCUGUUGCAUGCCAAUUUCAAUGCAAAACCACUCUGGGGCCACCCCCUCUAUUACCAGUGAGCAAAUCAUUGACGAUAGGCAUGGCAAAAAUCCUUGCAUGCUAACCAACAUUGACAACGUGGCAGAAAUGUCCUCAAUUGCUGAGUCAUGCCCUAGGAGAGGCUUUAAAAUACAGAAUUUCCUGACAUGAAUGAGGGAAUUUUCCGUAAACAGCAUGUGAUCAUGCCGGCUAGGACGUAUUGCCUCCGUAAUGCCCCUUUUUACAGCUAGCUAGGCUCAUUUUUAGGUUCCAUGGCCUGAAAUGACGAAAAAUUCAUGCCCUAAAUGUAAAAAGUCCAAAAACGUCCUCGAAAUUUUAGUUUCCAAGCCGUUCUAAGUUAUUAUACGGUCUUUCAGUUUAUGCAGCAAGUGUUUCCGAACUUACUGUUAUACAAAGGUUUUUAAAAAGAUGCUAUAAGUAUAGGUAAUCAAAUGAUUUCGAGUGCAAUUUGGAAUAAAUAAGCACGAGUAAAUUUUUCAAAGACUAACAAAAGUACACGAGCCCGUAGGGCGAGUGCACUUUGUGGUCUUUGAAAAAUUUACAAGUGCUUAUUUAAUCCAAAUUGCACGAGAAAAAUCAUGUGAUUACUUAUUAAUAAUAUACACGAAAAACAUAACUACGACAACAAAUUUUGACAGCGCGCGCGUUUUUAGUUCAUUCAACGGAUUGGCUGAAACAGACUACUACCUUUGUCAAAUUCAAACUUUUUCAAGACCAACGCUUUCAAAAUCAUUCAGCUAAGAACUUGGAAAUGUGCAAGGAUUUUUUUAUAUGAUCACCAGCCUGUUAAAGAUAACUUGGUUUACAACAAUCAGCAAGUAAGUGUUUUUAAAUUCAUCCUCGAUUAUGAGAGCUCGGCGUUUACAAGAAGCGUUUUCAAGAAGUAUACUGCCGUUUUUAAAUCAGGAGAACGCUUCGAGCAGCCAAAGAUGAAAGACACUUGCUAAGGAUUUUUAACGACUGUUUAUCAUUGUCUGUUCCUGAGACCCCAUCAUAGCUGGAUUCAUGGACAAAUUUUUGAGAUUUAAAACCCGAAAAUGAAGGAGGCAAUUUGUUUUCUUUCGACGCUACCAUCGAUGGGUGAGUGGAGCCACAGUUGUUGUGAUGUCGGAAACUGUCAGUAUUAAUAUAAUAUUUGCUUUUUCUCAGGCUGGAGUUUUCAUUAUUUUAUUUGGGCUAAUGCAAGAUUCAUCGUAGCUCUUCUUCGUCGGCUUCAUCGUAGUCGUUAAGGAAAUUUAUACCUCUGUGGCCUGUGACACUAAGGAUAUGUUCUGAACUUACAGUCUUUGCUUUCUUCACCUGACUGCAUGUUGUUUUUCUUGCACAAUGAUUCGUAAACUUUUUUCUCACUUUCUUUACGGCUAGUACCAGCUACGGAUACUUUUCAUUGUGUGAGUUGUGGUAUUUUCACCCAUUGGUUUCAGAAGUUUAAAUUUUCAGUUUCGUUUGCUACUAAGGUAGAAAAAAAAAAGACCAUCACAUGGAUGUUUUAAUAGAGGUCUUCGCUCCACAAAAGACUCAAAGAGAGCAACAAAUAACGUACAUGACUUGAAAUCCCUGUUGUUAUCAUUGAAUAAUCCUUGUUCAUUUAAAUGCCUGAAGACUGUAGCUGUCAUGGUUUGCGUGUGGUUGCAACCGUUUUUGUUCUUUAUUUUUUUACUUUAGCGUAGUCUGUUAUUGGUAGCUUUUUUUUUAGAUUCUCUGGCUCAUUUUCCUCGAUUUUGUCGACAGUAUUUUUCUCUUAGCAACGCAUUUUCAAUAUAUUUAGCGAGAAAGACGUACUUUUUACCGUGUUCGGGUUUUUUUGGAAUAUUUUUUUUAACUUUUCUAUUGUUGUUUUGCUUACAAAAUUUAAUCCCGUCGUCGUCUGCUGAAAACCAUGGCCAUUUUCUUGAAUCUGUGUUGUUAAAACAGCUCUAAUCUGAUUGGUUCUUGUUGGUUUCUUUUGUGUUUUCGGCCAAUCAGAAAGCAUUUGUAAUUUGCACUCGUGUUACAAGUUUGCACUCGUGUUACACAUUUUGCACUCGUGUUACAGAAGAGCUGCACUCCUUUCUCAGCCAAUCAGAAUUGAGUAAUUUUUUCGUGUAUAUUAUUAGAGGCGUUAUACGUCGGUCAAUUACAACAUAUAUGAACUUUUGGAGAAAAGCGACAGACGCCUUUUUUAUAACCUCAAACGCGAUGACCAUCCAUUAAAAAGCUUGCUCCCAAGGUACAAAGACUGUAUUGCAAACCUUCGAAGGAAAUCCAUUGUGAGGCCCAGUAUUAACACUGAACGUUUCAAAGAUAGCUUUUUUAAUAGAUUAAUUUUUAAAUAUAAUCUAGCUGUGUAA